AUGGUACACCUUGCUCUCCACCCUCAUAGAGUAGUACUCCGAUAUGCAACGGGCAGCUCAAUCUGGCUAGGAACGCCUAGGACAGGUACGAAAUCCCAAAAGAUGCUGAUCCGCGAGUAUCAGAGGCAUCUAUUCCAGCAUGCUCCGACUGCUGUGAUUCAUUCCCAUGAUCCAGACUCGCAUUCUAGAUCUGCGCUUUAUUCCUCGGGAUCAAUUCGUUCGCCUCAUGGAUGCAUCAUCACCACAUCGUUCACCCAGAGCUAUUGCUCCGCUGACGUAGCCGAGCAGGAGGGAUCAUCAAGCUUGUGGACGAUGAAUGGGCUCCAGACUCAGAUGACUUCAAAUAUUGGCAAAAUCAUGUUCACAGAGUACGGCUCAACUCCAGGCCCUGACGCCGAGGUCUCCAAUUCGUCGCUUCACAGCUUAUUUCCCACGGCAGCGGCGCAGAGGCUGAUCUUCAAUGCGGUGGAGCGCCAUGGAAAAUUCUUUACCAAGUAUCCGUACCUUCCUUCUCCUGAGUGUCGACUGGCGAGACGGGGAACCAGGGCUCGCUUUGUUUCGAGGAGCUCAACAAGAUUACCCCGACAUGCAGAACACCAGAGACAUGCCAGCAAAGGCACCAGAGCCAUCAGUGCCACCCUGCUGACAGCGGGGAUGGAGGGGCAUUUUACGCAUUCCCACUGCCGGGGACCACCUCGCACCACGAGCUGGCCCGCAACCUGCAGGUGGGAGCCGAUGUCGAACCUGGAGCUUUGGAUGACAACAGUCAUGAUGGUUUUUGGCAUCAGAACAACCAACCUCUCUUCUUCUCUUUGCGACAACAAGGCUCUCGUCUUUCGAAUCAGCAUGCUCGACGUGGCAGGGUCGCAGUACUGGCGGCCAAGUGACCCUGUGCAGAACAAGAUCAAUGCUACGAUGAGGAAAGAUCACGAAUCAGCCUCAAUGGAGCCGCGGCCCGGAGUCUGCGGCCCAAAGGUUCUCACCGUAGGCAGCGAUGACAAGACGGUGAUACCGCGGUUGUUGAUACUGUUCUCAGACAGCAUAUGCAACAUUACGCCCCAUCAGCCUUGCUCAGCGCAGCCCGACGAUCAUUCACUCAUUCUGGAGAACCUAAGAGCUACCAGGUAUAGGCACAGCAUCGCUCCAAAGUCCCUUCAAGAUAGCUGCGUGCAGAUGGGCAGCCCUACCGACCGUCAUAUUGGGCGUACAGACUACAGCUUCUUCCCAGCCCGGCGAUCUUUUGCCAGCGAAGGCCUAGUACGCCCGCUUCUUCUGCCGCCCAACCUUGAAUUUGAUGCAUACCGAGCACCAGCUCGCCCGCAGCCUGCCGUCUGCACUUACAUGCAGAUUUGGGGGCGGGGCCGGGUGGGCAGUGUUAGUGUCGGCUAUAUGGGGACUUUGGCAAUUGUGUGGCCGGGUUACGCCCAGCCAAGACAAAAACCUAACAGCUACCUCACGCAGCACGCUGUUCAGAGCAUCAGAUUCAGCUAUUGGAAAAGAUUCGGCAAAGGCGGCACCCUCUACGGAAGCUCAUCCGGCCGAGAAACUAAUUACCAUGCCCAGAUAUUGCUCUCCCGCGAUUCAAGAAACGCCGCGAGUUCCAAACCGCCCUUGGAGCACGAACCCGACUACUUGGCUUGGUUUGAGACUUUGUCCUCCUCCUUGUACAUUGGCUUUAACCCUGAUUUUUGGGUCGCACAUAGCACGCGAGAGUACCCCGUGCUCCGUACGUCAAUCGACAAAACUCCAUCUAUUCGUACAGAAUUUCCACUUCUAUGCGACGCCCACGGUAUGAACCAAAUCGCAGGCCCAAACACGCCCCUGCCUCCUACUCCUGGGCCUGGGAAAUUUCUACUCAUCUUGGGGGGUUCUUACGCGUACUCGUGGCUGCUUGCGGUCCGGGCCUUAUCGCAAAACACGACGCUCCCACCUUUUUCUUGA